AUGGCGUCCGGCGAUGAUCCACCGAAUAGUCGGCUAUUUAUUCUUUGUGGAAAGGGUAUAACAGAACAAGCUAUGCGUGAUAGUUUUAGUAAAUACGGAUCGGUAGAGGAUGUGUGGAUUGUUAAAGACAGACGAACAAACGAAGAAAAAGGUGUUUGCUACAUCAAAUUCUCUAAGACUUCUGAAGCUGCCCAAGCAAUGGAGGAAAUGAAUGGACGUUUUAUUGAAGGACAAGCAAAGCCACUAAAGAUAAUGAUUGCUAACAGCAGGAGAGAAGGCUCCAUGAGAGAUCCAAAAGAAGAAGAGAAAACUCUUCGACUGUUUGUCAUUAUUCCCAGACAUUUUACUCAGGAAGAUGUCAGAGCAGAAUUUGAGAGAUUUGGAGAAAUUGAUUAUGUGAAUGUUUUGAAGGACAAGCAUUCUGGGGAAAAUAAAGGCUUUGCAUAUGUCAAAUAUUUCAGACGUGUUAAUGCUGCAAAGGCUUUUGAAGAAUGUGAUAGGUCUUACAAGCCAAAGUUUGCAGAACCUCAGAGAGGCAAAGAUAGGAGGGAGGAGGAUUUUGGACGCGGAUGGUUUGAAAGAGAUGACAGAGGUUAUAAGAGAGGAUUUGAUGAUGAUUUCUCUGCAAGUGGAUUUCUAAAUCCCAGUCCUGUCCAAGACUUCUUUGGGCUUCCUCAUCAAGUCAUGCCUAGGACGGUGCCCUCCGGUGGACCUGUAGGUUCUCUUGGGCCACUUGACAUGAUAGAAGACUACCCACACAACAACUCACUGCGGCUGCAGAUCGUAGCAGCUAUCGGUCUCUCACAGAAGUAUUUGUCAAAUCUUUUCAACCUUGUUCCCGGAAUGGAGUACUGCGAUCUUAAUGAAACUACAGGCAUUGCUUAUGCUAGGUACACCACCCCACAAUGUGCUGCCUAUGCAAGGGACAAGCUGGAUGGUUUUGAAUAUCCAAUUGGAAGUCGACUUAUUGUGCAGUAUGCUGAUAGCACCCAGCCAUCUAAUCUACAAAUGGCAGCUAACAUGGGCUAUGAGAGGCAAAGAGAUAUGCGGCAACCAGAUGUUAGACAGAAGGCUGCCAUGUUGCUAGAGAAAGCGGGUAUUAACCCGAGUAGUGUGAUGAAUGCUGAACGCGGGAUGGAGAGAGUUCCGUACUGCAACAUUCCUCUGCCAUUGCCACAUCCCCUGAAGCCUGAAGACACUGAGGCCUCUGAGCGACUCUUCAUUGUGUGUCAGCCAUCAUCUGUCCCAGAAAAAGUCCUCAGAGAUGCUUUCUGUCGCUUUGGAAAUCUUAUUGACGUGUACUUGUUGUCAGGGAGAAAUUACGGUUAUGCAAAGUAUGCGACAAAGGAAUCGGCUAUGAAGGCAAUACAGAUGUUGCAUGGCCAGAAUUUGAUGGGUCAAAGGAUUAAGGUUCUAGAGGCUGAGCCACCAAAGAAUGGAGGUUGUGAAGGACCCCCUAAGAAGGCCAGAUACUAAGUAUACACACAGCCGACUGUCAGCUGAAGAGGACAGACUUACUACUGUACAGCCAGACGGGACACCUGAAUAAGCAGAAUAACAUUUGACGUGAAUACAGACGACCUUAACCUUGUGCUGUUGAGAUGAAGAAGACUGCUACAGCUGACGAGGACUGACCUGUUUCUUUACACACUGUCUGUCGUGAACAUAGUGACGAAACACUGCAGCUUCUACUUUUAACUCGAUCAAUGGUCUGACUGACUGUCUAGUGCUGGAACGGUCUUCUUUCACUGACAUUUGUGGACAAAACUCUUGCUUAUUGACACUUUUCAUCUCUCAUAACUGUUGUUCAUUUUAGUGAUUUUAAAAUACUUUGUUUUUCUUUCAGAAUUAAAAAAGUCCUAAAUAUUUCUAAGCAUAUAUAACCAAACAUUUCAUCACCUGGAGAAAAACUUAUUUAUCAUUUUAUGUAUAAAAUCAUAUACACACAUUAACACAUGAACUUGCGAUCAUUAUUUUACAUCAGUUAGAACUUAGACAUAGAAUGUGGGUGGGUUUUUUUUAUGGAGAAUAGAUAAAUGAAAAUAUGUACUCGAUUAAUCAACUAUUGAUUUGUUAGCAAAAAAAUUAUGUAUUGAUUAUAUAUAAUUAAAUAUUUUCAAUUAUAUUAUAAUUAACAAUUUUUGGAUGAUUUAAAUACUAAUAAAAUGAAUGCUUUAACAAUUCUAAAUACACAGCAAGCUAAUAAUUGACAUAGUUUUGCUGACUAUGAAAAGGUAGAGCUGAUGACUAUUCAGAUUACUGACUUGGGUUGUAGGGGAUGCCAAAUGGAUACUCUUAUUGUAAUUGUUGUUUCAAGCCUCUGAGAAUUGAAAAUGUGCAUGACCCUUUAUCGGAUACACAGAAAUAAAUCUAAGUAACCCAUUUUCUUUUUGCGUAGCCUGUUACAUUCAAGUAAAUGAUGUUCCAAAUUUUGCGCGGGCAAUACAUGAAUGAAACAAUCAUUCUUGCAAUUUCCAGAGCCCUGUGUUUAUAAUUGUGUCGUAAGUAUAUCAUAACUGCAAGUUUGAUGUUUUCUAUAAUAUCUUCAGGAUGCUCAUAAUAUACUACUUUGUACUCCACGAUGCAAAACGUGGGUUACUAAAUGUUUGAUCAACCAGAUUACUCCUUGGUUAAUUCUUCUGUUCUACCAAGAUUUUAUGUUGCUAAAAAUUAAGUUUGAGUCAAUGUUACUUUGGAUUUCUUGGUUGUUGGUUUUAUAUUUGACAUUCUUGAAUGAUUGUUAGUAUCAAAGUAAUAUAGAAUGUGUUUUACAAUUGUUUAUAGUAAUAUUGAGUAUUUCUGGGAAUUAAAUUGCUUUCGGUGUAGAUUUUAUUUUACUUUACAGAAUAAUUGUAUUUUUAACUUUAAUUGAAACUAUCCUUUGUUAUACUAAAAACAUACACAUACUCAACAUAUUUUAAAAGCAAAACAUAAAAGAAAGUUUGAUUUUGUGGAAGCAAGCAAAUCCAUGAACUGCAGGGUUUUUUCCUCUUAUUUUCACCUAGCACCUAGCUGCUUAUAUAUUGUAUUGAAUGUUGAAGUUUUGUCAUUGUAAUAAAUAAGGAUUUAGUCUUAAAAUAUUAUUUGUCUGUCCUUGUCUAUCUAAUCACCAAACUGGAAUACUGGUAUGGUAAGCACUAAGUUAUAUUGUUAUCCUUAUAUAAAACAUUACUGCAUUAAAUAUAUAUAUAUAGGAACAUUGGGCCAUAUAUAUGCCAUUUUAUGACCAGCUAAUGGUUUUAAGUUAUAUAAGAUUUGUGGGUUUGUGUUGUGUAGUAAUAUGGUGGUAUAAAAUUUGAGGGUUGGUGUAGUAAUAUGAUGGUAUAAGAUUUGAGGGUUGGUGUAACAAUAUACUGAGUGAAAGAAAUAAAGAAACAUAAAUAGUAACAGUGAAUAUUGACAGCAACGAAAAUCUUCAUCCACAGUAUGAGGAAGUUAGCCAUGAUACUGGCAGUCAAUCCCUGUGAUGACGUUCAAUCCCACAUUACGUCUCUUUUAUACAUGCAUACCACUUGUAAAUUAAAUUUGGUCUCAGAUA